CCGGAAGUGACGUUUGCGCAAAAUACUACUUUUUUUACCUCUGUGUUCUGGGUCCCCCUCCUCGGUUCGAUUUUCCCGGCAUCCUUUACGCUUCCGCCUUAGCCUUGCAGAGAGGAGGAGGGCAACGCGGGCGGCUCCCACGAUGACCACUUUGGAUGAUAAACUGCUGGGCGAGAAACUUCAGUACUACUACAGCAGCAGCGAGGAUGAGGAUAGCGACAAGGAGGAUCAAGACAAGGAGCAGCGCUCCCUCUCUAGCUCCGGACCUGCAGAAGUGGAGCUGAGCAGUGAUGGCAGUGCCGUGAACACAGGUCCUAAAGGCGUCAUCAAUGACUGGAGAAGGUUCAAGCAGUUGGAGACAGAGCAGCGUGUGGAGCAGUGCCGGGAAAUGGAGAGGCUCAUCAAGAAGCUCUCCAUGACCUGCAGAUCACACCUGACUGAGGAAGAAGACCAAAAAAAGCAAAAAGAACUUCAGGAGAAGCUGAAUGGGAAGCUUACUCUGCAGGAGUACAGCAUGCUGAACGAGAGUGCCGACGACGAGGAGUUCCUGCAGCAAUACCGCAAGCAGCGGAUGGAAGAGAUGCGGCAGCAGCUGCAUAGUGGGCAACAGUUCAAGCAAGUGUUUGAGAUCCACAGCGGGGAGGCUUUCCUUGACACCAUCGACAUGGGGCACAAGAAUACACUGGUGAUGAUCCACAUCUACGAGGAUGACGUCCCCGGGGCUGAAGCCCUCAACGGCUGCAUGAUUUGCCUUGCUGCCGAGUACCCUGCAGUCAAGUUCUGCCGGGUGAGAAGCUCCCUGAUUGGUGCUAGCGCUCAUUUCACCAACAAUGCACUGCCGACCCUUCUGGUCUACAAGGGCGGGGAACUCAUCGGCAAUUUUGUGCGUAUCACCGACCAACUGGGCGAAGACUUCUUUGCGGUGGACUUGGAGGCGUUCCUGCAAGAAUGUGGCCUGCUUCCCGAAAAGGACCUGGUGCUCCUCACGUCCAUCUGCCAGGCCUCCUCCUUCUACAGUGAGGACAGUGACCUGGAAAUAGACUGAAGCCAGGCAGGGACAGGAGGGAAGGCAGAUCAGGAGAUGCAAACAUCUAGGCAUUUUCCCAUUUCUAGGUAGUUCACAGAGGGUGGAUAAUUAUUUUCUGACCACUUUGUCCCUGGCAGGCAGCCACCUCAGAGCCCCCGAUCCUGUUCAGCAAAACAGCACACUGGCCAUAUUGGGGGAUCAUGACAGACCGCCUCUCACAUAUGACACACGAUUGAAGGAUUCCUGGUUGGAGAAAUCUUGAAUGGAGUUCCAAUUUGCAAGCAUUUGUGUCCUCCCCUCAAGCCAGUAUUCUGAAGCCGAUACCUGCUUGGAAUCCUGGUUUAAGGGGACAAACAACUGCCCGGGUUCCUGUAUUCAGAUGUUACAGAAACUGGAGCCUGAUUCAAGGCUUCCCAAACCAAGAAACUUUCAGGUGUGCUUUGUGGGAGCGCAGCAAGAAGCUGUGUCCUUCCGGGAUUGUCAUGCUGUCCAAAUGCAGACUUUCUCCUCCUGCCCUCCCUUGCAUUUGGGUCUUCCUCUGCUGUUUCUUGUAUUUAUUUGCAUCUGAGCUCUGGUAGCUACAUUUCUUUGCUAUCUUUCAUGUGAAGAAUCAUAGGAGAUUGUGUCAGCUGGGCAAUUAAUACCACUAAUCCCCCAGGAAAACCAGGGCAAGUUUGAGCCCUUUAAUGUACAAUGAUCGGGGAGCAGAUACAGUUUAAUGAACAGUGACUUCUAAUUGUUGUUGUAUCUCUGUCCAGCCGGUUGCUUGUUAAGAGCUCUCAUGUCAGGGUUUCAGUCACUCCUUGCAUUUCUAAGAACCCUUAGAAGCUGUGUAAAAUGUCACCCACAAAGAGUGUCUUCCUGCCAUGGUUUUUACUGUGGCAGGAUCUCAGUGCUGUGAGCUGCUUAUUCCUUAUUCUGCCCUCUUUACCUUUCUGUGCAAACUGACUAUUUUGCUAAAUACUUUUACUACAUGUAAACAAUUCCUAACAUUUUCUUAAAUUAAUGCAGUGCAAUAAAGAAUAAAAUAAGCUUCUUAUCCAA